UUGUGGCUUUAGUUGCUCCUCCUUAUCCGUGAAACAGCGCCUGAAGCAAAAAUGAAAACAGCAAUGGCGAGCUUCCAUCAUUCACUGCUCAUCUCCAGCUCGCGCCAACCUCCACUUCCGCUUCCGCUCUUCUCCGAAUCCCCAAUCCCCAAAUCCUCUCCGUCACUUCCGCCACCAUCGUCCUUGCUCUCAAAGCGCUCAUCUUUAUCCUCGUCUCCCGCCAGCAGGGUUGUCCACAUUCGCUGUUCGAGAUAUGAAGAGAACGACUCGUCCCUUCUUCAAGACGAUAGCGCUGACGACGCUCUCGGCCCGCGAGAGCGCACCCAAGAGAGAAGCAGAGGCGGCGUCGUGGAAAGCGUGAUUCAAGAAGCAUUGUCACAGGAAAAUGGGAACUGGGUCGUCGUGUCUUCUUGCUUGGUCGGUCUCUUGACUGGCAUCAGCGUAGUGCUAUUCAACAAUGGGGUUCACGAAAUUCGCGAUUUUUUCUGGGACGGGAUACCUUCGAGGGGAGCUUCGUGGCUCAGAGAAGCGCCCGUUGAGGCUAUCUGGACGCGGGUCAUUCUUGUCCCUACUUGCGGUGGUCUGAUCGUGGGGGCGCUGAACGCCGUGAGGGCUGGUUUAGAAGAGGUCGGUGAGGGAGAUGUAGUGAAGGCCGGAUUGAGGCCGCUCCUCAAGGCUGCGGCUGCUUGUGUUACUUUAGGUACUGGGAAUUCUCUGGGCCCGGAAGGUCCCAGUGUGGAGAUUGGAGCGUCGGUAGCGAAGGGCGUCGGCAAACUGUUUGAUAAGAGUUCGCAAAGAAGGCUCUCGCUUGUGGCGGCGGGGUCUGCUGCUGGAAUUUCCUCAGGUUUUAAUGCUGCUGUUGCUGGUUGUUUUUUUGCUGUGGAGUCUGUCUUAUGGCCCUCCCCAGCAGAUUUAUCCAUCUCACUUACAAAUACGACCUCUAUGGUUAUCCUCAGUGCUGUCAUCGCUUCGAUAGUAUCAGAAGUCGGUCUUGGCUCUCAACCGGCCUUCAAAGUCCCACUAUAUGACUUCCGAUCACCUGGGGAACUCCCACUGUAUCUUCUAUUGGGUGCCCUAUGCGGCUUGGUUUCAUUGGCAUUGUCUAGAUGUACAUCAUAUAUGUUGGUCAUCGUUGACAAUAUUCAUGAAGCCACCGGAAUGCCAAGGGCUGCCUUUCCUGUAAUGGGUGGCUUAACAGUUGGCCUUAUAGCCUUGGCAUAUCCUGAAAUACUCUACUGGGGUUUUGAGAAUGUUGACAUUUUGUUGGAAUCUCGGCCAUUUGUGAAAGGUCUAUCUGCUGAUCUAUUGCUUCAAUUAGUAGCUGUUAAAAUACUAGCAACUUCUCUGUGCCGCGCUUCAGGAUUAGUAGGUGGUUACUAUGCCCCCUCCCUUUUUAUUGGUGCAGCAACUGGGACAGCGUACGGGAAGUUAAUUAGUUCUGUACUUUCCCAGUUGAAUGCAAUAGUCCCUCUCUCCAUUUUGGAUGUGGCAUCACCUCAAGCAUAUGGCCUGGUGGGAAUGGCUGCUACUCUGGCGGGGGUCUGUCAGGUGCCUCUUACUUCAGUUCUGUUGCUUUUUGAACUGACACAGGACUAUCGGAUAGUUCUACCACUACUUGGGGCUGUUGGAUUGUCUUCAUUGAUUACAUCUGGACAGUCCAAAAGAAGAGACAGCAAGGACAGUAAGCUAGAUGACAAGGAUGCCACAAAAAAUUACGAAGGAAAUGCUCCUGUAACUCAAAAUUUUAGAACUUCUGGCAGCAGUAGUGAAGUACCUUCUUCUUACACACUUACUGAAACAACUACAAACACCUAUAACCUUUGUGAUGUCGAAAGUUCGCUAUGUCUGGAGGAACCCACUAAAGGAAUUGAAGAGUUGGAAGGGAGAGUUUUGGUUUCGCAGGCCAUGAGGACAAGAUAUGUCACUGUCCAAGGAAGAACUUUGCUGUCAGAAGCUGUGAGCCUCAUGCUUGCAGAGAAGCAAUCAUGUGCAGUAAUCGUUGAUGAUGAUAGAAUUUUGGUCGGGCUACUUACACUAGAGGACAUUCAAGGAUUCGGCAAAUCUUCUACUACAAGAAGCAAAGAACCAAAGGAGCUUUUAGUGUCUGAACUGUGCUCUCUUGAGGAUGGCAAAUGUCAAGUCCCCUGGACGGCAGUUCCUAGCAUGAAUCUUCUUUAUGCUCGUACAAGUAUGAACAGGCAUGGCUUGAGCCAUGCUGCAGUCGUUUCAGAGCACAUCAAAGAUCAUAGUGGACACCCUGUUGGUCUUUUGGACAGAGAGUGCAUCAGCCUGACGUGCAGCACCUAUCAUUACAAGAUGGACAAAAAGUCGGGUAUAAAGCAGCACAGGCACAGACCAAACCCCUGUUUGAAAGCAGCAAAGCAACUUCCUAGGUGGUUCUGCUCGAUCACCGUGAACUGUAUCUGGCUGCUUCAAUGGGUACUUCUUCCAGCUAAUUUGAAACUACCUUUGGGUCUAUAAGGCUUAGAGAGAUGAGAUUCACAUCCAUCUUUACAGAAAGGCGUGGAAAGGAGUAGUCAUAAUUCAGAAAGGGACUGCUAUGGUGUCUGAAACUCUUUAGCAGCUUGGGUAAUUUAGCAGUUGCUGAAGUCUGGGGAGUUCGACCGCAUCAGAUGCGUUCCAGUGACGAGCGUACAUUUCAGAUGGUGCUCUAUGCCAUAAAACCCAGGAACCGAGAAGCAGACUAUGUUAUGACAACUCCAUUUUCAAAUUGCUGCGGGCUAAUAUUGGAACUCGCCCGAUGGUUCUGCAAAUGAGAAUUAGAGAGGGACGGGGACAGCCCAUACUUGACAUGAAGCUCUCAUUAUACUUUCCAGUCACCAAUUUUUACUCGGGUAUCAUUUCAACAUGCUUGUACCAUUCAUUCUUUUCUCGAAUCAGGGUGAUAGUGGAAACAUAAAUGCAGUUUGAAUAGGCACUGUAUAUAAUCAGACAACAGUAUGGGAUGUUUCUUGUUCAUCAUCUCAUGACGUGCUACCUGCUGCAUAAUGCGAAGUUUUCCGACAUCUAAAGCAUGGCAUGUUCCUGACAAGGAUCACUGGACUACUCUUAAACCUUGUCCUGAUGAUCCCAUAAUGAUUUCUGGCACUCUCACUGUAAAACCUCUCAAGUUGUGUUAUUGCGUCGUACAGUCUUGCACGCACGGUGAAACCCAUGCUCCGGUGAAACAGAAUAAAGAAAAAAUCUCUGAUUAAA